GGGGAGACAUUUCGCUGUGACACCAAUAACCGCCAUCGGGCCCGAGCGACGGUCGGAGCCGGCGGCCCCGCGGGUUUAGUUUACAAUGCGCCGGGUUCGGUGCUGGCAUGCGGGCUGUGAGGAGCUGCUGUCAGCGGCUGCGGGCCCAGAGCCGGGUGCCGGCGGCCAGCGCCUGCUUCCUGUCUGUCAUCGGCCUGCUGUGGGCGGCCCGGGCGCAGGAGGCCCUGUCCCUGACCCUCAGCGGCGUGGUGAGCCACCGCCAAGUGUACCGUUUAUUGGGCUACUGUUUCUCCCAUGGCAACCUCUUGACUCUGCUGAUUAACCUGUCCCUCAUCGUGUUGCUGAGCAGCCGCUUGGAGCAGCAGUUGGGCACCGUUCGAUUCCUCUACCUCUCCGUGCUUUUCGCCCUGCUGUCCGCAUUCUUCUACCUGCUGCUGGACAAACUGCUGAGCCUGGAGGGCACGGCCGCCCGCGGAUUCACCACCGUCCAGUUUGCUAUGGUAACGCUAGGCUGCCACAGCUCCGAGGUGAAAAGGAUCAGGAUCGUGGCCGGGAUUAAAGCUACGGCGCUCCCUUGGAUACUUCUGGCAGCAUCUUACCUUUUCAUUCCCGAUUCAUCCGCACCUCUUCACGCAUGCGGAGUUAUCGUCGGGCUGGCGUAUAGCUAUAGGUUUUUCUUCUUUCUGGAGCUGCCUGAGACAGUGGUGGAAUGUGUGGAAAGCUUUGUGAUCUGCAAGUUCCUGAGAUGCGGUUCCUACUUUCCGUUCAUCUCAUCUCCAGCCAGAGAUCGACUUCCAAUCACACAGCACACUGAGAGGUUACAUCCCAUAGCGGAGGGUGACCGAGCUUCGGGAAACCCAAAGUGCGUUCAACUCCAACAGCUGCAUGCUGCACGGCGACUGAAGACACUUGCGUUGCAAUGGAUUCUUCACGCAUGCCCUCUACCACCUGAGGCUACCAGUUGGAAUUUAACUGCUUCACAGCCACGCACCAAGCAGUGGCACAGCACAGACUUACCAGCCAAUCUGUACAACCAGCGUGGACUGGGCCCUACCUUCCCAAUUACUGAAGUGUAUGAUUUGAGCCCAAACGAUCUCUAUGCCACUGGUUGCCUGAUCACAGACGAUGACUUGCUCCAGGCUGGUGUUAUCGCUUCCCUACAGGAGUCUCGAAGCAACUUGAACAGUAAAGUAGAAGUACCUAAAUCCUCAGUCUCUUCUCUGCGGCUACAGCAAUUGGAACGAAUGGGCUUUUCAACAGAGAAGGCUGUGUUAGCAUUGGCUGCUUCAGGGAAGGUGGAGAGCGCAGUCCAUCUCCUGGUGGACGACCAAGUUGGGGAGGAAGCAGUUGUGACAGUGAAUAGCAAACACUGAGUGCAGUGACGAUCCUUGCUCUCUCCUGCAUUUAACCAUGCCCGACUCAGUGAGAGGAGAUGGUGGCACGGUUACUGUGCGUUUGAUCCUGGAUGUCAACACUGCAUGUCAAAAGUGUUGGCGUUUACAUCCGUGCUUCACUAAAAAGGUGGUUGGUUCAACUUGUCCCAGCGGCUGUUAUCUUUGUCUAGUUCUAUGCACAGGUCUCGGCUAUUAAUAUAGCUCGCCGGGGAACAUAGCUGUGGUGUUGAUAUUUAGAACUCUGCUUCCAGGAUGUCUGAGUGCAGUUGUAAAUAUUUGGUUUGAGAGCGAGCUGUAAACAGCCGUGACAAUUAGUGACAUUGCAUAGUAUUUUUGACAUUGACACAUUGCCAUUUUAUAACGUGAGGGUUUUUUUGGCAAUAAGACAAAAUGCAUUCCGGUCUGAUUUUAAACAAACAAAUGAGGCCAGAGUGAAAGGGGAAUAAAAAACCCAGCUCGAAGCUGCAUUACAUUAAUAUAAAAAAUUAUAAAAACGUG